AUGGCGACUACCACAAUAACCACCACUGAAAUUACUACAGAAAUCAAGCCCGACACUAAAACCUUCGCUAAGCAAGAGGCUGGUUUACUUGUGACAAAGGAAUUGGAAAAUGCCAUUGAAGAAUGUAGGAAAAAGGUUGAACGAAUUGCAAAAGAAUGUCGUGCAAAGAACCGCAAGUUCAGAGAUAUCGAAUUUGAUCUCGAGAACGAUCAGAACAGAUGCCUCUACGGUCUCUUCGUCUUGAAUGGAGAUUCAGUCAACACACCGCCGGCUGAUGUACACAGGGUCACUCAGAUCUUCGAUAACCCCCAAUUCUUUGUGGGAGGAGCUGCGGAUUCGAACGACAUCAUCCAAGGAGCAUUAGGAGACUGCUGGUUUCUAUCUGCUCUGGCCACUGUAUCCACGGCUCCAGGCCUGGUAGAAAAGUUCUGCGUCGCUCGCGACGAAAAAGUCGGCGUAUAUGGUUUUAUCUUCUUCAGAGAUGAUGCUUGGGUUACUGUCAUUAUCGAUGACAUGCUCUACACACGUGUCCCCAAAUACGAGGAGCUUAAAAGUUCCGAGCAAGAACUGUAUCACUACGACAAAGAUACCUAUAACAAGUCCGCAAGGAAAGGUGGGAAAUCGUUAUACUUCGCUAAGUCAGGGACUGCAGGCGAAACAUGGGUACCUCUGAUUGAAAAGGCAUAUGCAAAGCUCCAUGGGUGCUAUUCGCAUUUAUUGGGAGGGCAAGAGUGCGAUGCGAUUGAGGACUUAACUGGUGGCGUAUCAACCGUAUUACAGAGCAAGGAUAUAUUGGAUCCCGAUCGUUUCUGGGAUGAGGAGCUUGGUCGCGCCAAUAAAGAUAGACUGUUCGGAUGCUCCUUCAACAAUCUGGAUGGCACACGCAGUGGCGUGAGUAACGCUAAAGUUCAAGGUCUGGUAGGAAACCAUGCAUACUCCGUACUUCGAGCGGUCGAGUGCAAUGGGAAAAGAUUCGUCGUUGUCCGCAAUCCCUGGGGUAAAUCUGAAUGGACGGGUCGAUGGUCAGACGGUUCCAAAGAAUGGACACACGAGUGGCUUGAAUAUCUACCUCAACUUGGCCAUCAGUUUGGAGAUGACGGCCAGUUUGUCAUGGAAUACUCGGAUUGGCUAGAGAGCUUUGGACAGAUUGAUCGAACAAUUUUAUUCGAUUCGGAUUGGAGGAUGACUUCUCAAUGGCUUCAAGUCACUGUACCGCCUCUUCCAGCUGCAUGGACAUACGGCGAUGUAUCAUUUACCUUUUCACUGGCUAGUCGAUCGAACGCCGUGAUAGUACUUUCUCAGCUCGAUACUCGAUAUUUCCGUGACAUAUCUGGUAGAGCUUCUUGGACUCUGGACUUCGCCCUCGUCAAGCAAGGCGAAAAAGAGCCUAUCGCAGAAUCACCACACUCCGACUUUUACCUUCGCAAUGUACACCUAGAAAUUGAAUUGGAAGCAGGAGAUUAUAUCGUUUACGUUCGCCUGGAUAGAUCGUUGGAUAAAAAUGAAGACGAUGACAAGAAAUACGUUGAUGAAUGGAUGCUUAGGAAGAUGUCACGCAUCAUGAUGCAGCGUGCGAAGAGUAAUUCGAUUGCUUCUAAUUUCAAGGCAGAAGAUCAGGCCAAAUACCUUCCUACUACAUUGGAAUCUCUCAUUCAACGUGAUUUGGAAGAGUACGAAAAGAAGAAAAAGGCCGAAGGUGAAGUCGUCACCAAGGUAGUAGAAGAGGUUUCUGAAGACGGCACCGUUACGACCACGACCACUACCACAACUACGAAGGUCGAGACAGUCGUUGUUGGAAAAAAGGUGGCCUUGCAAAAGGAAUCUCCUCCUGAGAAACCUACGUCCAUUCCACUUCCUCCCACUACCGUUGAUCCUACCCCAACUACAAACGGUAUAUCAACACCCGCCUUGCCAAAUGUGACCCCGGAAGUUCCCAACAUUCCUGACACAUCGCGCUCUCGCUAUCGCGGUUCCAGUCCGAGGUAUGGUGGUAGUUCAGCGACCAAGGGUGAAGAUGUACCUAAAGGCAAGGUUGAAAUCGACCACGAUGACCCGAAUACAGUAUGUGUCGGCCUCCGGGUAUAUACACAUAAGGAUGUCCCGACGGUAGUGGUAGGGAGGUUGAAGGUUGACUCUGAUCAGAAGGAAGAUUCUGAAAAUUCAUGA